UUGGAUGUGUGCUUAUAAAUGAUGAGUUAGCAGAUUCGAAUCGGUGGGUUUUAUGUCAGACAAAACAGGCCACUGGAGGCUAUGUACCUGCUAUUAUUAUAACCGAUACUGAUCCAGCUUUGGAUCUUGCAAUCUCCGAGAAGUAUGAACAAUCUUAUGCCAUGCAUUGUAUAUUCCAUAUAUCACAAAACUUUCCUCAAAAUCUCGAGGCUAAGUUGGGUCAACAGUAUCAGGAGUUUGUUCAAGAUUUUUAUACUGCUAGAAAUUCUUUUGUUCUAGAAGUUUUUAAACAAAAAUGGAAACAGUUAAUUAAGAAAUAUAAUGAGCCUAGAGUU